AUGAAUUCAAGACGAUGGUUCCAUCCAAAUGUUUGGGGGGCAGAUGCAGAGUCUCUCUUAAUGGAGAGAGGCUUUGAUGGCAGCUUCCUUGCAAGACCCAGUAUGAGCAACCAGGGAGAUUUCACAUUAUCAGUGAGGCGUAAUGGGGAAGUAACUCAUAUCAAGAUUCAAAGUACUGGUGAUUAUUAUGAUUUAUAUGGAGGGGAAAAAUUUGCAACCCUGGCAGAACUGGUCCAGCAUUAUAUGGAGAACCAAGGACAACUGAAAGAGAAAAAUGGAGAAAUUAUUGAACUCAAGUACCCUCUGAAUUCUGCUGAUCCAACUACUGAACGAUGGUUUCAUGGACAUAUUACUGGGAAAGAAGCAGAAAAAUAUUUAUUGGAUAAAGGAAAAAAUGGUAGCUAUCUGGUGCGAGAGAGCCAGAGCAAGCCAGGAGAUUAUGUCCUGUCAGUCCGCUGUGAUGAUCGUGUCACCCAUGUUAUGAUCAGAUUCCUGGAUGGGAAAUAUGAUGUUGGUGGAGGAAAUCAAUUUGAUAGUCUGUCUGAUUUAGUGGAACACUAUAAAAAGAACCCAAUGGUAGAAAAAACCGGUACAGUUUUACAUUUAAAGCAACCAUUUAAUGCCACAAGAACCACAGCAUCAGGUAUAGAGAGUCGAGUGAAACAGCUGCAGAAAGACAACAGUACCACAACUGGCAAAAGUGGAUUUUGGGAAGAAUUUGAGCAACUUCAACAACAAGAAUGCCGGCACCUGUACAGCCGCACAGAGGGUCAGCUACAAGAGAAUAAGCCAAAGAACAGAUACAAAAAUAUAUUACCUUUUGACCACACUCGGUUGGUGCUACGAGAUGGCGAUGAAAAUGAACCUGGGUCUGAUUACAUCAAUGCAAACCUAAUCACAAUGACAGAUGAGGAGGGUGUGGAGCCAAAGAAGAAAUACAUUGCAACGCAGGGACCUUUGCCUACAACAGUGGCUGAUAUGUGGCGUAUGGUAUGGCAAGAAAACUCAAGAGUUAUUGUCAUGACAACAAAAGAGGUUGAACGAGGAAAGCAAAAGUCCAUGCGUUACUGGCCAAAAGAGCAGGAAACAAAGGAGCUGCAGGUGCCUGGAGGAAAAAUGUUUGUGAAAACAAUCCGAGAAACAUCACAUGCAGAAUUUGUUGUCAGGGAAUUUGAAGUAACGACAAAAACAAAUGGAAAGACAGAGGGUCCCAGGAGAAUAUACCAGUACCAUUUUAUGAUAUGGCCAGAUUAUGGUGUUCCCUCAGACCAUGGUACAGUUUUAAAUUUCCUACAGAUUGUUAAUGAACAACAAGAAUCUAUCCCUGAUGCAGGACCGUUUAUUGUACACUGCAGUGCUGGCAUUGGAAGAACAGGCACUUUUAUUGUGAUAGACAUGAUUAUUGAUAAAAUCAAGAGACAUGGUUUGGACUGUGAGAUUGACAUCCAGAAAACAAUCCAAAUGGUGCGUUCGCAGCGUUCAGGACUUGUACAAACAGAAGCCCAGAUUAAAAAAGAAUCUCUCUCUCUUUCUUUCUUUUUUUCUUUCUUUUUCUUUUUUCCAUUUUCUUUUUUCUUUUCCUUUUUUUCUUUUUUUUUCUUUCUUUUUUUCUUUUUUCUUUCUUUUUCUUUCUUUUUUUUUUUUUCUUUUUUCUUUCUUUCUUUUCUUUUUUCUUUCUUUUUCUUUCUUUUUUCUUUCUUUCUUUUUUCUUUCUUUUCUUUUUUCUUUUCUUUUCUUUUUUUCUUUUUUUCUUUUUUUCUUUUCUUUUUUUUUCUUUUCUUUUUUCAUUUCUUUUCUUUUUUUCUUUCUUUUCUUUUUUUUUUUCUUUUUUCUUUUUUUUUCUUUCUUUUCUUUUCUUUUUUUUUUUCUUUUUCUUUUUCUUUUUUUUCUUUUUUCUUUUUUUUUUUUUCUUUUUUUUUUUCUUUCUUUUUCUUUCUUUUUCUUUUUUUUUUUUUUUUUCUUUUCUUUUCUUUUCUUUUUUUCUUUUUCUUUUCUUUUCUUUUCUUUUUUUUUUCUUUUUUUUUUUUCUUUUCUUUUUUUUCUUUUUUUUUCUUUCUUUUCUUUUCUUUUUCUUUUCUUUUUUCUUUUCUUUUUUUUUUUUCUUUUCUUUUCUUUUUCUUUUCUUUUCUUUUUUUUCUUUUCUUUUCUUUUUUUUUUUUUUUUUUUUUUUUUCUUUUUUCUUCUUUUUCUUCUUUCUUUUUCUUUUUUUCUUUUUCUUUUUCUUUUCUUUUCUUUUUUUCUUUUUCUUUUUCUUCUUUCUUUUUCUUUUCUUCUUUCUUUCUUUUUCUUUCUUAG